CAAGUUUUUCCACAAAUACAUCUCUUAUUAUAGUAGGAUAUUGUAUAAAACAACAUCAUAACACUGAUUAAAAAAAAAUGAUUGAUGAUUAUUUAAAAAAAAACUUGCAUACACCAUAAAAUGAUCUUGUAAAAGGGUGCAGAUGAAAACAUUAAAAGUUGUUUGAUAUUUUAGCUACUUUAUAUACAGCCCUGUUGCAUUUUUCCAGCUGAUCCAAGAGGAUUUUUAAAUAUCUUUUGCAUAAAAACUGAACAUCUUUAGUGUCGUGUUUUACCACUCACUUACUUCUGAACUCAACUCAUAAUUGCCAAAUUUCCCACACCGCCUGAAAGCAUCCACUCUGCUUUGUGCGUGGAUACCCGAGUGGCUCACUGCUGCUGCUGCUGCUGCUGCUAACAGCUCUGGAAAGAAGAGAAAAGCCAGCUCCACAUUAACAUUAUCAGCUCCCAGACUUGUGCACGAUUGUUAAAACAAGUGCCAACCAGCCACGUUACCGACAGAGCAUUACAUAUGUUAUCUUUGCAGCUAUCCAGUGCUAUCUAGUUGAGCAGCGGUCAGUGAAUGGCUACGCAGAGACCAGGCUUCGCUCUCCCACGCAGACUCUUGACAUGGGGAGUAAAAUGUCCUUCAGCAGAGGAAGCAGUGACCAAAAUACCGUCUCUGAGUUGACUUCUGUGGCAUCACAUCCUCGCUCCAUUCAUGCCCCUUCGGACUGCAAGCAGAUACCUGACGACAAGAGAUGCAGUGUGGAAGACCUGGACUCCAGGUGGGGAGAGGAAAUGAAAGCAACAGAACUGACCCAACCUGCACCUGAAUCCCACUCAUCGGGGGGGCACGUGGAGUCUGAUGGCCGUGUUAACUCUGAAACAGCAGGUGGAACACAUUGUCAACACAGCGAGCACACGCCGUCACAGGUAGGGAUGGAAGCAACGUCUCAAAUGACACCUGCGAGCGUGUGCAGCUCUACAACCGACAGCCGCGGGCAGCCUGUGGAGGGCCGCAGGAAACGCGGCCGCCCACGUAAAUCAAAACCGCUGUCGACAAAAGACAAAAAAGAUCCAGACUCGGCUGGUUUUGAUGCAGUUCAGCAUAAGGAGAUCAGCACGACGAUACCUUUGCCAAGAGACGGUCCGUUAGUACAAGUACAAGAUGGUGUCCCUGUGCUGCCAAAAAGGAAAAGAGGAAGACCAAAAAAAUCAGAAAUGGUAGCUUAUAAAGCUAUAGUUGCUAAGGUUGCUUCUCCCAGAACUCCUGCUAAUGUUAGCGGUCUUGCAGGGAGACUGAGGAGUAGAACUGAACAACACACUUCGACACAGGACGGACAGCCUGAAUCUGAUAGCAAGCUGGACCCCAAGCCGACUGAAGUGACUCCUACAGAAAGUAGUAAUACAUUGAGCUUCCAAGGUUUUAAAAGAAGAAGAAGAAGAGCUAAAGUGGCUGAUCAGCAAGUUCCAGCUAAAGUGUUCAGACUGGAUGUUUCCCAGGAGGCCUCGUCGCUGUUGAGCAACGACACAGGCUGCGGGGAGACAGAUAAGAAGGUGGAACUAAACUCUGACAAACAAGAGACUGGUACAGAUGGAAGGAGCUGUCAAAUCUACCCGUUAGAAGAGCCGCAGACAGAACUAAAGGAAAGUGCAUUACCACUAAGAAAACUGAGUUCCCAGCCUGAAGUUAUUCCUUCAGAGGGUUUAAACGUGGUAAACCCUACUCAGAGUGACGACCCUAAAAUAAAACAGUCGGCCGACAUGAAUGGCAGCGAGGAGUCGCAAUUGAAAAGCAGUCUCGAAUUCCCCCAGAAGAAUACAGAGCUCUUUUGCACGGACGUCGUAACCUCCUCUGAACAACCACCUAAACCUGUUGGAGUCCCCUGUGCUGUGAAAGCUGAGAAUAUUGAGUUAGAGCUGAAUGAAUUAAAUCCUGUGUCAAAGUCAAAUAGUCCCAAAUCUUUACGAUGCAACGCCAACACCACAUUUAAAACUGAGGGUCCAAACAGCACUUUCAGGCGCAAAAGAGGCGGCAAGAGAAGGAGGAGAAGAACUACCGUUUUGUUACAGAGAGAGCAGCUUGUAGAGGGCCACAAAGGCAGCGACGACACUCAACAAAGCACAGACUGUGGUGACGAGGACAUGGAGGCUAACGCAAAUGUCAGCUACACUAAAAAAGGGGGGAAAACUGUGGUGAAAUGUGGCUACUGUGGUCAAACAUUUAAAUUCCUCUCUCAGUUCGUCAUCCAUCAACGCAUUCACACGGGCGAGCGUCCUUUCAAAUGCACCGAGUGCGGCAAAGGUUUUAGCAAAAAUUCAAACUUAAAUCUCCAUCUCAAGACCCACAAAAAGAGCAACAUAUAUCAAAAAUGUCCAUUUUGCAAGAUCAAAUUCUCUUGCUCGGAGUAUGCCUCUCAUAUGAAGACCCAUGCAAUCGUGUCGGACCAGGACUCUGAGAGCAACCAAUCUGAAAAACGCAACAGAGGGAACGAGCAUGAAAGCAGUCAGGGACUUCACAGACCCGUUUCCCAAGAAAAGAGAGAGAAAAAAGUGUGCCAGUACUGUGGUAAAACGUUCCCGUUUCAGUCCGCCCUCAUAAGACACGUGCGUGUCCACACGGGAGAGAAGCCUUAUAAAUGUGAUAUAUGUGGCAAAGCUUUCGGUCAGGCCUAUUUCUUGCGCGUUCACGAGCUCACGCACUGGUCCGUGAAGCGUUACAACUGCACUCGCUGCGAAAAAUCAUUCACUCAUUAUAGCAAUGCAAAAAAUCACACUUGCAGACCUUCGCCAAACAGCGACAAUUUACAACCGAACAGACGCGUUAGGCCUUCGCUGACGUACACGUGCCACAUCUGCAAGAAUGUUUUUGACCAUCUGCAGGAGUUCAACAGCCACAUGAGAGCCCACACCGGCGCCGAGCUAUAUCGCUGCUUGUAUUGUGACAAGCUGUUUGGCGUGCUGUCUGAAUAUAGCGCCCAUCGCGGUCAGUGCAGAGGAGAGAGAAACGCCUCCAGCUCUGUGAUAAAAGGUGAAAAGACAGUGUCAUUAAUACAGUACACAGUGCCUGCACUCAGGUGUUCGUCGGGACCCAAUCCAGCUUCUCCUCUCGCAGGUGAAAAUUGGGAAACACAGAAAAAAACGUCUCAGACCGGCCCCAAGAAUCGAUUCGCUAACUCAAAGAAACCGUUCCAGUCGACAGUCAUACCGGAUCACCAUCUCUCACACCUCGUGUCAAAGUUAAACAAACUAGACAACCGCUCGGACCCCAGGAAAUAUUUAUGUCCGAGCUGCGGGCGACUGUUCAGACACAUGGGCAGGCUCCGAGCCCACAUGCUCACCCACGCGCCGGGGCAAAGUUACACCUGUGCCUGUUGCGGCAAGACUCUAGAAAGCUGGAAUAAACUGUGGCAUCAUCAGAGAGUCCAUCGACAGAGACGCGGACGCUUCACUUGUCCUCAGUGCGGGCAAGGUUUCCGGUUUGUGGAGCGGUACAGAAAACACAUGAGCGAGCACCCGGAGCUCCAGUGGAUUCAGGUCCGGCCCAAGAAAGUGUUUCUGCCUUAUCAAUGUGAGCAGUGCGGGUGUAGAUUUAAGACUCUCGAUUUGCUGUUCAGUCACCAGCUUUGCCAUUCCUCCGAUAUUGACUUAUUCAUAGACGACCAUACUGCACAGUCUAACAAGAAAAUGUUUAGCCCUCCCACGAACAACCACAUAGCCACUCUACGUCCAGAUCCUGAGGAAAACCACUCUCCUCUGGGCGCCUUAUCCGAAUGUCCAGACCCAGUAAUUCAAGAGUUGCCCGUGAUUUCCUUCGUCCAAAGUAAUGGUCUCGAUUUGGGUCAGCAUCCCAGCAGCACACAUUUGAUUCAAGAUAUAGAAACCAGUCGUGACAGAAUAGAUGUUAAUGCACUUAGAAAACCCAUUACUCCUUUGAGAACUGUGAAAAGACACGUGAGCGGAAAUGCCAGCGUGUCACAUGAGGCGUCUGCAGACGGUGUUAAGUGUGCCGUGUGUGGUGACGCAUAUCCUGCCAUUUCAGACCUUUAUCAACAUUAUUUGCAGCAUGCAAGAGGCCAGGUGUAAUAACCUAAACGGAGAUACUUUCAUCAUCAUGUUUAACACAUGUGGGGAUCCUGUAGUCCUAGAUUAGAACACGUAGAAACAUCAGUUACACACCUGGUAAAGGUACGGGAAAUUAAACGCAUUGAAAAAAUUGUUUACAAUCAUGUAUUCAACCUGUCAUGCCUGACAGUUUACAGAUUCUGAAAUAUACACUCUGAAUGUACAAAAUAAUAGGGACACUUUCUGUUUUCAUGUAGGCAACUUCAGCUAGAAGCCACUAGACUUUCUUUAGUUUCUGUGAUUACAUUUCUGUCCAUCAAAAAGAACAGAAGAGAUGCAGGUAGAGAGAACAUGUCAGAGAGAUGCCCCCAAUAAUAAUGUACAAAAUAUUUUGUACAUUCAGCGCAUUAAUGCCGAGCCAGAAGCAGCCCUGGGAUAAUAUAAUCUCAACAAAAUAAGCACUUGAAAACAGAAAUUGGACUGUUUGUAAAUGGCUGAUUAUGGAAAAUAAGUUUUAAAUUAAAACAAAUAUUGAUUUAAAAGUGAAAUAACCACUGAGCCCUCAUUUAUCCUCGUUGCCCUGCCACCUCCUGGCGUCUUUUUUCUAGUACCCUGCACUGAUCAGAAGGGUGGACGUCACACUGAGUUAUGAACUCCGUAUUGCUGUGAAAAUUUUGUUUGGCAGACCUGACCAAGAACUUAUUUAAUCCUUACUUUAUAACACAUCAUGUAGCUGUAUAGUUUUACAAAUCUUGAACACGUCAUCUUGAUGAGUGGAUUCACUUUAUGACUACUGUGAAUUAAUUUCAAACGUGCAUUUCAAAUCACGCAUCGGCUUUUUCUUGACUUCUACAAAGGAAACUGUUCCUCAUAAUGUUUCAGACAAACUGACGUGUACUGACUUCAAAUUUGUUUUGCUCUGGACUCCAACAAGGACACGUAUCAAUCAGCAUUUCGUAUUUACAUUGAAAGUGAACUUUACUCUCGCACAUGUUUGUCAAAGACUUUGCUCUCUCGUGGACUUGUAAUAUAAUGGCUGAAAUCAAGUGAUGCUAAAUUUUCUAGAAAAUGCACUAAACAAACGCACAUUCCACACCUGAAAUACCAACAGGGGUGUUGUUGAACAUCCUUUCUUUUCUUUUUUUUACUGCCUUUGAAAAACUACAUUUCUGUGCUUCAAUACCAGGCUUGAAUUGUGUUGGAAUCAUGAAAAAACAUUUCAAAAGAUGUUUCCCAGAUGGACACCCUGCUCUGUUGUAUAUGGUUUUAUGCUAUAGUUUGUCUUAAAACCAAUAAAGGUCAUUUUUGUAUUGA